AUGGUGAGCUCGGAAGCAGGGUGCUUUGUUGUUCUUCUCCUGCCUGAGCUUCUGUGCUCUUUCCUUUGCCUUCACCCGUUUCUCCUUCAACAGGUUUUGGUUAAUGAUUAUCGAACAAGAAGAAAUCUGGCAGAUUGUGCAGUUGAGGUUGAGGAGCUUUGGUGGAGGGCUUUGGAUUUUGCAUCUUUGAAGCGCAGCUCUAUAUCAUUUUUCAAUGAAGAAAAGCCUGAGACCACAGCUUCACGUUGGGCCAGGGCUCGAACAAGGGCUGCAAAGGUUGGUAAGGGCUUGUCAAAAAGUGAUAAAGCUCAAAAACUAGCAUUGCAGCACUGGCUAGAAGCUAUCGAUCCAAGGCAUCGAUAUGGGCACAAUUUGCAGUUCUACUAUGAAGUCUGGUUUGAAAGUGAGAGCACUCAACCAUUUUUUUACUGGUUGGAUGUUGGAUAUGGUAAAGAAUUUAGUCUCAAAAAAUGCCCAAGAAGCAUUCUUCAGCAACAGUGCAUCAAAUAUCUUGGCCCGUUCCAGAGAGGAGCUUAUGAAGUUACAAUCAAGGAUGGGAAACUUAUUUAUAAGCUAACUGAGUUGACUGUACAUACUGCUGAUGAUGCAAAAUGGAUAUUUGUUCUGAGCACUUCUGGAGCUUUAUAUGUGGGACAGAAGAAAAAGGGCAAAUUUCAGCACUCAAGUUUUCUAGCUGGGGGAGCUACAACUGCUGCUGGAAGGCUUGUUGUCAAGGAUGGUUUCUUAAAGGCUAUUUGGCCAAACAGCGGUCACUACCUCCCAACAGAAGAAAAUUUUAAGGAGUUCAUAAACUUCCUAGAAGAGAAUAAUGUAGACCUCACAAAUGUUAAGACAUGUUCAAUUGAUGAGGAUGAACGUUCCCUUGAUAAUUCCUCAUCAUUUAAGAUGUUUAGGAGUAAGGAUACUAUGAUGACCAUGGAAAUAAAUGAGGCAGAGAAGGAUCAAAUGGUGGUAGGGAAUUAUAUUGACCAACCUCCAUUGAUUGAAUCCAAUGAGCCGCUCGCUCAAAAAUGGAGUACUGGAGCUGGCCCUCGUAUUGGUUUUAUGUUAGAGUACUCUUCUGAUAUGCAAUGUCAAGCACUUGAGCAGGUCAAUCUUUCAGUUGCUGCUGCUCCUUCAACUUAG